AUGAUGCUCAAGAUCACCAAGCGAUUUCGUUUCUCCGAUUUUGAUAAGUAUAGAAAGGGGAAUGGAAAGAAGUUCUCCAAGGCGUUCAAGGACAUGGUGGCUUCUUGUCUAGACCAAGAUCCUUCCAAAAGACCCACAGUGAUAAGUUCUUUGAAACACCCCUUCUUUAAAAGCGUAAGGAGCCGAUUUUCCGGUGAGGAACGUUCUCCAAGGGUUGCCCGAGUACCACUGCCAUGCUUGGUGAAGGAGAGAAGGAUCGGCGGGUGGAACUUCAACCAAGACGGGUUGGAGCUUGAUCCUGUGUUCCCAAACGAUGAUGCGGUGGCAAAAGAGGUUGCGUUUGGAAGGGAAGCGGGUACCCAACAAAUGGGGGAACAUGUUUAUGUUGGUGGUGGUGCGACGGCAGCAAGCAUAGCGGGUGGUGGUGGCGUGAAGAAGGAAAAGAUGUUGGCGUGA